GAUUAUGUAAACGCGUUUCAUAACAAAAGUCAUUCCAUAUCUUACUUAUCCUACAAUGUAUUCAAACUUUUUGUAAUAAAACGGCGACACUCGUCACGUCUUUAGUGCACUUUUGAAAUUGAAAGAAAAGAAGUCCGAGAAUAAAAUGACGUGGACGAUCGCUAAUAAUGAUGCCAUUUGUUCUUUGAAUUCGUUUUCAUCACCUUGCAAUUCGACUAUGCUGGUGUUCAUCGCGUUCGUUACGGAAGCUUUAGGACACUCAAGUGACGACAAUUUCGCAAAUAAGCAGGAAAUUCGAACGGAAAUUUUCAAGAGACUCUCCAAGAAUACGAUUUUAUAGUCGUAGGUUGCGUCGUUGCAAAUCGUCUCAGCGAAAUAUCUGAUUGGAAGGUGCUACUAUUGGAAAAAGGAGAUGAACAACCCAUAAUUUCUAACAUACCUGGGCUAAUUCCGAUGCUCAUAAAAAGUAGCAUUGAUUAUGAUUAUACGAUACAGCCAGAACCCUUGGUCUGCAGCGGCAAUGAAGGCGGAUCUUGUCACUUGUCGAGUGGAAAAGUUAUGGGCGGUUGAAGCGUAAUCAACAGUAUGCUUCACGUUCGGAGAAACAAAUUUAAUUUCGACAAUUGGGCAAAUCUCGGCAAUUCAGGAUGGAGUUGGCAAGAUUUACCGUACUUCAAAAAAUUAGAGGAUUUUCGGAAUCCAGAAAUCACGGGAUACAACGGUGCAAAUCAUGGAACUGGUGGCUAUGUGACUGUCGAAACGAUGGUUCACGACAGCGACUCCUGAAGUAUUUUAAACGCUCACAAAGAAUUGGGUUUCGAAGAGAUUGACUACAAUUCCGGUAGG